AUGGGAGAGAUAAAACUGAGCAUUUCAAGGAAGGGUAGUGAACAUAGAUGCAGUGCACCAAAAGAGGAUAAAGGAAAAAGGGAAAAGGGAAAACUGGGUGGGAGGAAUAAAGGGAGGAAAGAAAGGAGGUUUUGGUGUUAUGAUGGCUACGUUUCCUCAAAAGCAUUAAAAACCAGGCACCAGCCUCCCCCCACAUUUGUGAGUUCCAAGACAGAGACUGGACAUUGA